AUGGGGAGCCUGUGGAUUGGGGUGAUAGGCCUAUGGGAACUUUUCUUGAGCACGGCGGUGCACCUGGUCUUCGGGCUCUAUAUUUUCAGCGCCGGCGUGGCCUCCGAUCUCUCGGAGGCUCUCACCGGCCGGCCCGGUUGCGCCGCCUACGCGACGGCGGCCGCCGCCGACAACGAAGAGAGGACCUCCGACGGCGGCUCUAUCCCUCCCAUCGUCCUGGUUCACGGAAUCUUCGGAUUCGGCAAGGGGGUACGCAUCGUCUUCUUCUUCUUCUUCUCCUUCAUCUUCUUCUUUGGGUUAACUCGUCGGCCGGCGCACCGCAGAGGCUCGGCAGUCUGUCGUAUUUCGGCGGCGCAGAGAAGAAGGACGACCGUGUUCUGGUCCCAGACCUGGGACCCUUAACGAGCGUGCACGACAGGUGAGAGCACAGAACCUCCAUUUCCUUCUCCCUCCUGAAUUACUCCAUGGCAGGAAGCUCACAAUCGAAGAGGAAGUUGGCUCUGACUGCAGGGCUCGAGAACUGUUCUACUACCUGAAAGGUGGGCGGGUGGACUUCGGGGAGGAACACAGCAGGGCCUGUGGGCACCGCCGCUUCGGCAGGGUCUACGAACAAGGUAGGCCAGACCACGACCACCGCCGCCGCCGCCGCCUGAUCUAUGAGCUCUGCUAACAUCCUCUCUCCCUUGCCGCAGGGCAUUACCCGGAGUGGGACGAGCACCACCCCGCACACUUCGUCGGCCACUCUGCAGGCGUCCAGGUUGUCCGAGUUCUCCAGCAGAUGCUCGCUGACAAGGUAGACGACGGUGUCUUCAUCUUCCCGGGUUCCUCCUCUCCGGCAAACCCUAAAUAUCGUCGAUUUGCAGGCCUUUGAAGGCUACGAGAGCACAUCGGAAGACUGGGUGCUGAGUGUCACUUCCCUCUCCGGCGCGCUCAACGGCACCACCAGAACUUACAUGGACGGGAUGAUGUGAGUUACUUGCCCCCGCAUUCUUCCUGCUUCACUGAACAUUCCCCAAUCUGAGAGUCUUCUCGCUGUGACAGGCCGGAGGACUGGAAGUCGGUGAAGCUGGUGAGCCUGCUCCAGUUAUGCCGCUUGGGCUGCAUAGUCUACGAGUGGCUCGACCUCCAAUGGAUGAAGAAGUAUUACAGCUUCGGCUUCGACCACUUCGGCAUGGCGUGGCGCGAAGGCGGCGUGGGGGCGCUCGUCGACUGCCUGCUGGGCAACGUCGGCCCGUUCGCCUCCGGCGACUGGAUCUUACCGGACCUCACCAUCCAAGGUGCCCUCCAGCUUAACGCAGGCCUUCGCACCUUCCCCAACACCUUCUACUUCAGCUACGCCACGAAGAGGACGAGGAAGUUCCUGGGCCUGACGCUGCCCUCCACCGUGCUGGGAAUCCACCCACUGCUGUUCAUCCGCACGCUGCAGAUGACCCAGUGGCGCCACCCGCCGGCGGCGCCGCCGCCCUACAAGGGCUAUAGGUGAGCUCAGCCGAGGAACAGCACGACCCUGAUCGCGCUCUCUAAGGAAUCUGACCGGUGGGUUCUGCCAUGGGCAGGGACGAAGACUGGGAGGACAACGAUGGAGCUCUGAACACGCUCUCGAUGACCCAUCCACGGCUACCGGUCGAGCAUCCGAGUCACUUCGUGGUGGACGACUCGGAGUGCCACCCCUUGCAGCCGGGCAUCUGGUGAGUCGACCCGCCGCCUCCUCCUCCUUCCUCCUGCUACCUUCUCCAUGGUUGCCAAAACCCUGAUCCCUCUGAACGCGCAGGUACUACAAGAUUCUUGAAGCCGAUCACAUCUUCUUCGUACUGAACCGCGACAGGGCCGGCGUCCAGUUCGACCUCAUGUACGACACCAUCUUCCAGCGCUGCAGGAAACACGCGUUCCGGACGGCCCCUCCUCCUACGCUCCCCAACCAUGUCCCCCAUUAG